AUGUUUUCUGUUACUGAAUAUUUAGAAGAUUUGAAGGAAGCUUUUAUUCCUACUGUUGCUAAAGCCGAGGAUGAAGUCGAUGAGGACGAGGAAGAGGAAGAUGAGGAUGAGGAUGAGGAAGAUGAGGACGAGGCUAGUGAUCAAAUGGAAGCUUUAAGGAAAGCCGCUCUGGAGACUCCAGAAGGUCAAGAGCUUCAUAAACAUUACUUGGACUGUGUUGCAAGGGUUGAAAAAGCUAAGGAAUCGCCUGACUACGACAGUUUGGACUACAAGGAGGAUUGUGUCGAAGAGUUUUUCCACUUACAACAUUACUCCGAUAGCCAAAUUGCACCAAGACUAUUCAGUAAGUUGAAAUAG